AUGCCUCUUAAAGUUGAUGUGACUGCCCUGCUCUAUAUGGUGAUUAUUCUGGUUAGAUGCUGCAAAUCCACUGUGGCAAAGAUUACGUUGACGUAUUUUGUCGUUAGGGAGGACUCCUUAUCGUGGGCUCAUACAGCUGCACUGUUUCUUCCGUUACCAACAUGGAUUCCUGGCAUCGCAACACUCAUGUCCCUGAUUCCAACACUCACACUGAUUGCUACACGAUUCCUAUCCCUAACGUCGAACCACGAGACCCCUCGGAAGAAUAUAUGGAGCACAACAUGCAGUAUAAUCAAUCAGAUUCAAACAGUCAUAUCGACAAUCAUGGCCACGCUAGCACUUGCCUACCUUUUCCCCGACAGGAUUCUGUCCUGUAACCUGGAUCAGCAAUGGCAAGGCUUCUUUCAAUCUAAGAAUUCACACGCUAUCCGCUCCAUCCAAGAUGAGCUCCAAUGCUGUGGUCUUAAAAGCCUUCACGAUAGGGCAUGGCCCUUUAAAGAUCAGAGCCACGGGGACAAUGCGUGUGAGUUGCAACUGGGAUAUCAAAAGAGUUGCUUCGCAUCUUGGAGAGAACAACAGCAGAAUAAAUCGUGGAUGAUAUUUGCUGCAAUCAUUUUUGGUUUUGCAGCUAAGAUGGCUCUGGCUCACCUUUCAGGCCAACGGGGAAGUUGGCUGAGCACGCAGUCAUGUAGCAGGCCACCGGGUUAUCGGCAAAUUUCUCACCUGGAAGUACCAAGCGAAGAGAGCGAUGAGAACAAUGAGGAGGCGGGAAGAACGUUUUUACCGGAUGCCAAUAUUCCUACUCAGAAUCAGUGGGAUGUAGCGUAG